CUGUAACUGAAAAGGCUCCAAUAGCAAUAUCUGAACUGUCUGAACAGAGCACUUCAAAUAACAUCUCAGAAGUAACUCUCACAGUUGAAACUAAAAAUCAAAAGGCCACAGCACCAGAAACAGCAAAUGUGAUAAUUGAUACAGUUACAAAAGAUAACCUUAUAUCUGACAAUAAAGGAUACAAAAUGGAGGAAACAAAAUUCACACUA